AUGGCUACUGCAUUUUUGAAAGCUAAUCCAACGCUUAUCCCCCUAUUUCUUGCUUGUGGUGGGGGUGUUGGCGGAAGUAUCAUGUAUGCAUUUUACACACUCCGCACAAACCCGGACGUGAUUGUGAACAAAGUAGGAAAUCCUCAACCUUGGAACCGCAUUGCUCAACACGAAAACGCCAAGCUUAUUACGAUCAACAAACAGUUCUUCGAGGAUAGAAAAGGAAUGGAAUCUCCUUCUUCACGAUAUUAA